AUGCCUGGUUUGGGCAAGAUGGGAGAGACUGAUUUGACUCCCUCUCAAAUCCAAUCAGGGUGGUCUGCCCCUUCUUCUCGAACACAUACUCCUGCUCCUGCGGCUGUGCCGCCACAUGUAUAUUCCCCCAUGUCUUUUGAACAUAUGUCUGAUCGCAAAUUAUUAAACAUGGUUGCCCAAAAUAUGAUUGUUCUAAAAAAAGAGUUCUUGCAAUUACAAGGCGCUUAUGAAGCACAACAUGAUCAAAUAGCGUUACUAAGGGCUGAACUCAAAGAACAUCGAGACCAAUCACGUAAUCAACAUAUCUUCUACUCCAACCAAAUCCAAGGAGCCGCUACUUCUAUUCAGGCUGUGCAAGAUCAGCUUAUCCAUCUAUCUCCCUCUCAAUCUACAGGCCCUCCUCCCCCACCUCCGCCUGCUGACACUAGUACAGCCACAAACAUCCCUCCUGCCCCCGCAACAUCUUCCUCCAAUCUAAAAUUUGCUAAACCAAACAAAUUUGGUGGCAAAAAGGAAGACGCCCUAAAUUUCAUUAUUGCCUGUCAGGCUUAUAUAAGGGCAAAAGGGGCCAACCGAUCCCAUGAAGAAAAAAUUUUAUGGGUUACAUCAUACUUUGAGGGAGCGGCUGAAGACUGGGUCUGCCCAUAUAAAGAAAGGAAGGUAUUUAGGGGUGAAGCGGUCCCCUUAUUAGAAGAUAUCAAUGUAUUUUGGGCCGAAUUCACCAAACAUUAUGUGGACACCAAUUGUGAUGAAAAAUAUCGCCAAAAAUGGAACAAUUUGCGACAGAAGGCUUCAGUACAAGAAUACACUCGAGAAUUCCAACAAUACUCUGUAUCCUUGGGCUAUAGCAAUGAAACCUUGCGUGACAAAUACUACGAUGGCCUCAAAAAUGACAUCAAGGACAUCAUGCUCUCCACCAUGUUCCAAUGGCGUUGCGCCACAGCUCAACAAGUUUAUGAUAAGGCAGAAGAGAUUGCAAAUCAUAUCGAAUCCACUUGCCUGUCCAAUCCGUUGGUCUCCACUAUUCGCGCCCCUUCCUCUGCUACCCCCACUUCCACUUCCACUUCCAACCCCACUCCCAUUCGUACUUGUCUUAAUGUUGGGGACAAUGUUUACAUGAUUGAUCCCACCACUUGUCGCGCCAAGAAAGGCGCUAUCACUUCCAUUGUUCAAACAACCUCCGGCAACAUGCCAAAUGUUAGAUGGAAUGGGGAAACAAAGGAUACUAUGAUUCCCUUCCCAUCUUUAAAAAAGGACAAACGCCCUGCUGCCGCUGCCCCAGUAAAGCCUAUUAUUGCCCCUGUCCCUGUUUUAGCUUCAAAUUCUAAGGGCCCAGGCCCCAUGGACCUUGAUGGAAGGGGCUUUGCAAAUCUCACCUGUCAUGUAUGCGGCGGUAAAGGCCACUUUGCACGCAAUUGCCCCUCUAAGCCCAUGUCUGGACAUGUGGCUAAUGUUGAAUGGUCUUGGGAAAGGCCUAAAGAAGAAAAUUGA